AUGGGGGCUGGCUGCACUGAGGAGUUAGUAAAUGUAAAAAUACUGCCGGACAUUAAUAAAUAUUUUCAGGUUGGAGCAAGCAUGAGUAGCGAGGAAAGAGUCCAAGUAUUGUUGUUUCUAGUUCAAAACAUAGAUGUUUUCGCUUGGAAUCCUUAUGAAGUUCCUGGGGUUAAUCCCGGGUUUAUUGUCCACAAACUUAAUGUAGACCCCUCAUAUCCCCCAAAGAAGCAAAAGCCGAGAAGGUCGACCAAAGACCAUAUUGAGGCAGUAAGACAGGAGGUAGAGAAGCUGAAGGAGGCAGAAGCAAUAAAGGAGACCUUUUUCCCGGAAUGGCUGGCGAAUACCGUGGUUGUCUGGAAGAAGAACGGCAAAUGGAGGCUUUUGAAGAAGUGGAAGAGGUUUCGAUGGGAUGAUGAACGUGAAAAGGCUUUCCAAAACCUUAAGGAGUACUUAGUGCGAGCACCGAUGUUGAGUGCACCAGAGCCCGGAGAGGAAUUGUUCAUGUACCUCUCGGUAUCUGAACAUGCUGUAAGUGUUGUGCUUUUAAAGGACCAAGGAGUACAACAGCCCGUGUAUUAUAUCAGCAAGACUCAAGUUGAUGCUGAGACCAGAUAUUUGCCCUUAGAGAAAUUGGUGUUGGCCCUAGUGCAUGCUACCAGGAAAUUGCCUCAAUACUUCCAGGCUCAUACCAGGACAUGGCUCGGGGCAUUCGAUGUGAGGUAUAAGCCGAGAAGUGCAGUAAAGGGGCAGGUAUUAGCUGAUUUUGUAGCAGAAUUCUCUCCUAAAGGGGAGAUGGUCUGUCAGUUGGAGCACCGCCCGUGGAAGGUACAUGUGGAUGGGGCUUCCAACACUAAAGGGGCUGGAGCCGGGAUAGUCAUAAUCACCCCGGAAGGAAUUCUCUUGGAGCAUUCAUUCAGGUUGGGGUUUAAUGCCUUCAACAAUGAGGCAGAGUAUGAAGCUUUGCUUGCCAGACUGAGGGUAGUCUCACGGUUGGAAGCCCGGGAUGUAGAGGUUUAUUCGGAUUCAAGGCUCAUAGUCAAUCAGGUGCAGGGGAGUUUUGAGGCUCGAGAUCCUCGGAUGAAAGCAUAUUUAGACUUGGUGAAGCAGGUCAUGGACGACUUUUGUACGGUGAAGGUGAUUCAAGUGGCCCGAGCACAAAACAGACAUGCCGACUCUCUCGCCACUCUGGCAUCGUCAAUUGCCAAGGAUAUUCUCCGGCUUAUCAGAGUGGAACUCGUCCCCGAGCCCAGCAUUAAGGUGGCAGGAAAUGAGCGGGCUGCGAAAGUCGAAGUCACAGCAGUCGCAACACUUAGACCGAGCUGGAUGGACCCCAUCAUAGAUUUCUUAGCCGAUGACCAAUUUCAGACAAUGAGAAGGAGGCCAACAAGGUCUGCAGGGUGGCUGCCCGGUAUUGGUUGUCCGGAGACUGGAAACUCUAUCGUAGGUCAUUUGGAGGGUCAUAUCUUUCAUGCUUACACCUAG